AUGCCAGGGGUUGGAGGGGACGCGUGUCGCGGUGUGGUUAUUGCUGGCGCGGAGCCGGGAGGGCGGUACGGUAUGGCAUUGCACCUUGGCUCUGGGACGGUUGUGUUUGAAGCCAAGGCCGGAUGUGGGACUUGUGGAACGAGAGUCUAG